CAACUACAACAACAAGCCAACACAUAUUUGAUUAUCAAAAAGACAAAAUGAGUCAGGUUAAUGAUUCCGAUCACUCUAAGCUCCCUCUCCGGGCAAUUCCCGGCAGCUAUGGCAUUCCAUUCUUCGGAGCAAUCAAAGACCGACUAGAUUUCUACUACAAUCAAGGACCCGACAAGUUUCUCAAAACCAGACUCGAAAAACACAAAUCAACCAUCUUCCGAACAAACAUGCCUCCAGGUCCGUUCAUGGCACCAAACCCAAGAGUCGUAACCGUCCUCGACGCCGUCAGUUUCCCCAUCUUAUUCGACACGUCCAAGGUUGAAAAACGAAACAUCCUAGACGGCACCUACAUGCCGUCGACGAAACUCUUCGGCGGUUACAGAGUAUGCGCUUUUCUCGACCCAUCUGAACCAACUCAUACGGCGGCGAAGCAAUUCGCGCUGUCGUUUGUCGCCUCCCGUCAUAACUCCGUUAUUCCAAUCUUCCGUAGCUGUACUAAUGAUCUCCUCGGACAACUCGAAGACGACGUCGCAUUAGGAAAGGUCCCAACUAAUAAUUUCAACACACACAGCGACAAAAUGUCGUUCGAUUUCGUCGUCCGUCUCUUCUCCGACGAUGAUAUUCCUUCCAAACAAACCAAUCUCGGAUCCGACGGUUCUAAAUUGUUCGACAAAUGGCUUCUGUUUCAACUAGCACCGUUAAUGACAUUAGGAUUGAAAUUCAUCCCAAAUUUCGUCGAAGAUUUACUUCUCCAUACAUUCCGCCUCCCACCUUUUCUAGUGAAAUCCGAUUACCAGAAACUCUACGACGCUUUCUAUUCCUCGGCGAAAUCUGUUUUAGAUCAAGGGGAAAAAUUAGGCCUUUCUCGAGAGGAAGCUUGUCAUAACCACGUAUUCCUCGCCGGAUUCAGUUCCUACGGCGGGAUGAAAGUUCUAUUCCCGAUUAUUAUCAAAUGGGUCGGAUUAGCCGGGAAAGGACUACACCGACGGCUGGCGGAUGAGAUUAGGGGCGUCGUGAAAUCGGAAGGCGGGGUGACGUUUUCGGCGUUGGAGAAGAUGAGUCUGACGAAAUCGGUCGUGUACGAGGCUCUUAGAAUCGAGCCGCCGGUUCCGUAUCAGUAUGCGAAGGCGAAGGAGGAUAUUGUGAUUAAUAAUCAUGAGGCGAGAUUUGAGAUAAAGAAAGGGGAGAUUAUAUUUGGGUAUCAGCCGUUUGCUACGAAAGAUUCGAAGAUUUUUGUGAAUCCGGAGGAGUUUAUGGCGGAUAGAUUUGUUGGGGAAGAAGGAGAGAAGCUGUUGAAGUAUGUUUAUUGGUCGAAUGGGCGGGAGACGGAGGAGCCAACGGCCGGAAACAAGCAAUGUGCAGGGAAGUAUCUGGUGAUACUCUUGUCCAGGCUAAUUUUGGUGGACUUGUUCUUACGUUAUGAUACGUUUACUGUUGAUGUCGGUACUAUACUAUUGGGCCCAGCUGUAACGGUCAAAUCGCUAACCAAGGCGACCUCAUAUUGAUCCACGAUGAUGAUGAUGAGUGUUUUACAAGAAUGAAGACUUUCUUUGACUUUCUUUCUAAGGGGUUUGAAUUUUAUUUUUCUAACUACAUUUCUGUCAUUUAGAGUUUUAUUUUUUAAUAUUAUUGUAAUGAUGAAUCCUAAUUUCAAUAAA